AUGUCUAAUAAGAAAACAAAGCAAAUAAUUAAUACAAAUACUUUUAAAUCACGAAUUAAAAGUCAAAUUCCGUUGGAAUACCCUUCCACUAUACCAGCAAUAAAAAAAUCGGAUAGUUAUAAUUCAAACGAAUGGAGAGGUUUACAUCAAAAGUUACAAGAAAAAAAAAACCAACAUAAAAUAGAUAUGAACUAUGCUGAAGUUUUUACUAGACUUAGUCAAUUCAAGACAUUAUAUUACCAUAUACAAAGUCAAACUUUUAUUUCUGAUCUUGAAAGAAAUAAGACAAUAUCUAAAUUGAUUAAAGAAUCAAUUCCCGAUGGAAUGGUUAUAGAAAUUUCACGUUGGAGGAAGGUUUAUGAUUUUGUUGUGAUGAUAAUAGAAAAGAAAGAUAUUGAUUUUGAUGCUUUUCUUUUAGAAAUCAGAGGUUUGGAUAUUUCAAUUAAUUAUCUUCAAGAAGUUGAUAAAGGUGAAUUUGAAUUGCUGGUUGAUUUAAUAGUGGAAACGUAUAAGAAAAAG